UUGCCUGGCGCCGAAGUUGAAGACGCGGAGACUAGUGCGGUGGUGAAAAAGUGGGGAAAAAUAUCGGAAAAAUUGCGAAAGUUGAAAAACAAGAUCAGGCGCAGUCUUGGCUUUAUAGACUAGAAGUUAUCUGAGCUACGCAUUCAGUGAAGUCAAACAAAACUUUGGCGAAGAUGUCUGUGGCUGGCUUUAAGAAACAAUUUUAUAAAGCGAGUCAGAAGGUCAGUGAGAAAGUGGGGACAGCAGAAGGAACCAAACUCGAUGAAGACUUCAAAGACCUCGAGCGUAAGGCAGAUAUCACCAGCAAAGCCAUACAGGAUGUCCUCUCUAAAACCACAGAGUUCCUCCAGCCGAACCCAGCAUCUCGGGCGAAGCUUUCCAUGAUGACCUCCGUUUCGAAGAUCCGGGGCCAGGCCCGCAGCACGGGCUACCCACAGGCAGAGGGGCUUCUGGGAGAAUGUAUGAUGAAGUACGGCACUGAGAUGGGAGCCACCACCAACUUUGGAGGGGCUCUCCUUGAAGUUGGUGAGUCAAUGAGGAGACUGGCUGAGGUGAAGGACUCUUUGGAUAUCGAUGUCAAGCAGAACUUCAUUGACCCGUUCCAGACCCUAGUGGACAAAGACCUGAAAGACAUCCAGCACCACCUGAAGAAGAUGGAGAGCAGGCGACUGGACUACGACUACAAGAAGAAGCGCCAGGGCAAGAUCCCCGACGAGGAGCUCCGCCAAGCCAUGGAGAAGUUUGAGGAGUCCCGCGAGGCAGCGGAGAGCAGCAUGCACAACCUGCUGGAGACCGAUUCUGAACAGGUCAGUCAGCUGGCAGCCCUGGUGGAGUCCCAGCUGCAGUAUCACAAACAAGCCACUCAAGUCCUUGAGGAACUCUCUGAAAGGAUGACGGAAAGGGUGAACGAGGCGCAGUCGCGGCCCCGUCAGCCCCGUGCAGUGCGCCCCAGGCCGGCCUACAGCUUCUCAGAAGACGAGAACUCCAACGGGGGCUACGCCCCCACCGCUGCCCCGCCCGCUUACGCCCCAGGGUACAUGGGGGCAGCGCCUCCCCCCAACAGACGCUCUGUGCACCAGCGCUCCACGGAGCAGCCAUGCUGCAAGGCCCUGUACGACUUUGAUCCAGAGAAUGCCGGGGAGCUGGGCUUCCAGGAGGGGGACGUCAUCACGCUGACCAAUCAGAUCGACGAGAACUGGUUCGAGGGCUUGUUGCGUGGCCAGUCGGGAUUCUUCCCCUGCAACUAUGUGGAGGUGGUGGUGCCUCUGUCACGCUAAUGGAGAGAGAUGGCGGUGACGGAGGAGUGGAGGUGUAUGAGAGGUGACUGAUCACUUUGGCCAGUUUCAGAAUGCGAUUCUACAUCCUGUUAUAUCUGCACUUUGCCACUUCUAAGACAAAACAUUACGAUCCCAAAAAAUAUCUGUUACUAUCGGUGUCUUAUCAUGAACAAAAUGUCUUUUGGUGUUUGUAGUGACGUGGGUGAGAGUAUUUUGCAUCAAUGUUAACCAAUAUAAACGGUCACCUGAAAUGUUCAGCAAUAUUUUACCAUUGAUUACUUUAACAUGCUGCUAUUAUUUCUUGCGUGUUGGCUUAUUAUUCUUAAUUUACUGUACACUCUUUUUUUCAAAACACUUUCAGUAUGUAUCUAAUUUCUAACUCACACCUGCACUACUGUUCAUCCUUUUUGCAAACGACUACCUCCCUCUAGUGGCCCAAUUUAAAAAUGCAGCAGGGACGUAGACUCACAACAGGAAAACAAUGAGCAGCUGUCUAAUAAUUUACUCAUUUACAUGACUCCAGUACUCUGUGUCUCGGCACACUGUACAGUUACUACAGAUUUUGAGACAACUCUGUAUUGUAGAUUUUUUUUAUCUUGCAUAGAGAGUCAGAGGUGUGUUUUGUAUAUUUAAAAACAAAUAGUUACAGUCUUGUAAGUCAGAUGGCACUACUUGAGAAUUGUUAGGGAAAUAGUAACCUGGUUAACUGCAGCCUCUGUUACCUUGAGCUUGUCAGUUAGAGCGUGGUGGGGAUGAGUCUGUCCUUCUCAGCCAGAGUGACUCACGGCCCUCUGGGUGCUGCAGUGUUUGAGGCCGUGUGUCAGCCACUGGCCCCGUGUGGCCUGCUGCUGCUGCAAGACCGCGGCCUCACAGGCCAGCUCCUAUCAGAACGCAAGCACGCUGAGUCACAGCAGAGCAGCUGCUCUAGUUCAAUCUCUCUCUCUCUCUCUCUCUCUCUCUCUCUCUCUCUCUCUCCUUAUCUGUCUCCCUCUCUCUCUCACUUUGCCUGUACUCUCUCUUUUUUGUUCUUGUGUGCUCUUGUAAGCAAGGAGGCAAAUCAAGUCUAAGCACACAAAACAAGUGGAUAAAAGCAAAACAGAAAUGAGAUGGGGGGGGGGGGGGGGAGCAGUGAAAUUAUUUAAGCAAGCUUAUUCUUUUUAACAAUCCAUAUCAGCAUUUUUGUGAAGGACUAAGAUGAUGGAUCUUAGGUAGACUGAGACAGCAGGACAAGCUUUGUGGAGAGCCAUGAUGUGGGACUGUUUGAAUGAAUCCCAUGCGUGAUCAGUCAGCCCCCCCCCCCCCCCCCCCCCCCCACCCUCUGCUCUAGAUCUUCUGUUUUGAAUAUAUGGAUAUGAGCUUCUCCUGCCCUGCUCACUAGUCACGGCCAAAUAAGCUUCAUUGGCGUAGCUCUUCCACAGCACUGCCAGUGGUCUUGUGAAAGUGAUAAUCCGACACUCAAAUAAUAUGUGGGGUGAAUCACAACAGACAGGGAAUAGGACGCCAAGCAGAGCCUCCAUCUCUGGCUUUGUUUGGGCUAUUUAUCCCUCUCUUUUCGGAACGCUACAUUUUCAUUUUUGAGCUUUAGAACACUUGUCUUGUCAAUAGGGACACACUUAUCUUAACCUAAAUGUUUACAUAAUGCCCCUAUUGCUAUUUAUGCUUUAUUUGUGUGUGUGUGUGUGUGUGUUUGUUUGUUUGUUUGUUUUUUCUGUAUUUUUUCUGAAGUGAUCAACAUCUUAGAGCUUGUUCAGCAUGAAGUUGGCUUUUAAAUACACCUUGCAGUUUAUGCUUGCCUGCGUGUUUCUACAUGUACAGUAUCUGCAAGGCCUUUGGCAUGUGUCUGUUUCAGCAGAGGUACUGUUCUUCACAGUAAUGCCUUAAAACCACAGGGAAGUGCAGGUGACGGUUCUUACUCUGGUUAUUUGGUACACCGCUCUUUAUUUUAGCAGGAAAUCAGCUUAAAGGGUCCUGGGUUGAAAUCAGCUUAAAGGGUCCUGGGUUGGAGGUUGUUUUCAUUAUGCUGUAGACUUUUCAGAUGUCGUAUAAUGUGAAAAAACUGAAAACCACUCAUGCUUUACAUGUAUGACCACACUAAACCCAAGUACUUGCAUGCUGAUAGGGUAAUUUUAUAGGUAUUACACUAUUUUGGGGAGCAUAACUUAACAUUGUUACACAUAUUAAACGGUUAAACAACAUCCAAAUGUUGUGUAUGUACUAUAGCAUUCAAUGGAUACUUUAUUAAUGACAAUGUUACAUAUGAUAUGUUACUAAUUUUACUAAUGAUUGUGUUCACUAUAGCUGUGGUAGGUUCUGGUUGCACAGAUAUUUGUAGGCUACAAUCUGUGAAAUGUUUUUAUUUACAUAUUGUAUAGGGGCAAUUGAAUCAUGAAAUAAAUACAGAUGUGCUUAAAUGA